AUGUCAUUUUAUGAUCUGGAGGCGCAACGCUCUCAACCUUUAAACAAUAUAGCGGGCAAAACUGCACAAUCACAAGUUGAACCAUCCACGUUAAGUGGAUUGAUCGAAUCAUUUGCCAAUGAAGUGGGGAUCCUUAGGAGGGAAUCCCUAUGUAUUGGAACCAGGAGAGAUGGUCAAGAUGUACGAACAAAGAUUGGCACAGUUGUGUUGCCCCGGUGUAAUGAACUUCGUGAUCGUAUCACUGGUACUAAUUGGGGAGAAUCCUUUACAGAGGGAAGUAAACUGUUUAACGAUUUCAAGACUUUGAAGAUGGAAUUGAACGAUUUAGAAAGGUCAUACAGGGAGAAGAUUCUCUUGUUUCCCCUAAAAUCCACAUCUGAAGCCAUACGACCGGAUGAGGAUUCGAAAUAUGUUUCCAUCCAAGUGACUGAACAAACUCCUUUGCUGAGUGACAACCAACAACAACAACAGCAACAGCAGCAGCAACAACAACUGAUACAAGAACAGGAACAAAGUCAGGAGCAGAUACGAAGGGAAACAGGUGAUGAUGUUGAUUUCCAAACAAUUAUUCAACAAGAACGUUCACAACAAAUAUCAAGAAUCCAUACAGCUGUAAAGGAAGUUAAUGCCAUUUUCCAUCAAUUGGGGUCCCUAGUGCAAGAACAGGGGGAACAAGUGGAUACGAUUGAUGGGAAUAUUUCUCAAUUAUCAGGUAAUAUGCAGAAGGCAGAUGAACAGUUGAGAAGAGCUGACGAAAAUCAAAGGCAACGGAACAGGUGUGGUAUGAUAACGUUGGUUGUAUUAAUUGUGGUUGUCUUGAUUGUUGUGUUGGCUGUCUUAAGUUGA